UUUGAGUAUUGUUCUCCGUACAGUGUUGGCGUGCUGACUACUUGUUUGGGGGUCUUUGACGCGGUUAAACCCUGGGAACCCCCCAAAGCCUCUGCAGAAAGGACACAUCUCGAAGACGCAGAGGGUUAAUUUCAAGCCCCCACCACCACCACCCACACCUCCAAUUUGAAAGCCGCCUCUCUACCGGGAGAGGAAGGCUCUUUUUCGGUCAGAUGGCGUGCUGCAGUCCGCCCCCGUCAUUCUCCAGCCCACACAGACAGCAAAAAGGCAGCCAGCAACCAAUACGGUGCGCCGGAGGAGGACUGCUGCCAGUGAUUUCAGACGAAGUACGAUACGCAAAGGGGAUUUACUACGCCAAUCCGAGCCGGGGCGGCUUUCAAUAGGCAGCGGGGCGAGAGACGCGCACGGCAGUAACUGCGACGCGCCUGAGAGCACGGCGCUUUCUCCCCACAUCUGGCGCACAAACUGCCGCGUCUGCUUCCCGUCGCUGGACAAAUGUUUCAACUUUCGUCUGACUCAUCCGUCGACGUUUAGCUCUUGUUUGCGCCGAGCGGUUUUACUCCGGGAGGAACCGACCUGUGACACCGGCGUUCGGAGAGGCAACUUUGCGUAAUUACGCCGGUCUCCUCUCGACGCAUCCUUCAACCUGACUCGAAGAAGUGCCGUGUGCCAUGUCUCUGCCACGCACGCUCGGGGAACUGCAGCUCUACCGCGUGCUGCAGAGGGCCAACCUCCUGGCCUAUUACGAAACCUUCAUCCAGCAGGGUGGCGACGACGUGCAGCAGCUCUGCGAGGCAGCGGAGGAGGAGUUCCUGGAGAUCAUGGCCCUCGUUGGCAUGGCCACCAAGCCGCUGCAUGUGCGUAGGCUGCAGAAGGCCCUCCGGGACUGGGCGGCCAACCCUGCCCUUUUCAACCAGCCCGUGUCGAGCGUUCCUCUCGGGGGCAUUCCGCUGUUUAAAGUCGACGGCGCGGGCGCGGGCGGCUCGGCGGGGGGGCCCAGGAAGUCUGUGAGCAACGGGCAGCCGGGGUCACCGUGCGACCGGGAGGACCGGGCGUGCCUCACUCCGAUGCACAGCGGGAGCCCGAGGAGCCCGUGCUCCCAGGCCUCCCCGCAGCCGCCUGACACGCACUACAGGGAAAAGCUGUCCCCCAUGGACCCCCACUGGCUCAGCCCGGAGCCGGACGCCAAUUGCACUUUGGCCUCUUCGUCUGGGAUGGAGGAGGAGCCGCCCAGCCCGCCGCUGCCGCUGCCGCCCGCCUGUCCCCCGGGUCCCUCCACGUCACCGAGCCCCUCGGCCUCCUUCGCCCCCGCGGUCCCGUCGGCCUGGCCCGGGGGGCAGCUGGACGGGGAGACGGUGAGGGCCGUGGUGGAGAGCGUGGAGAGACUGCUCAGGACGCUGCCGCGGUCCGACCCGGCGGAGGUGAAGACCCUGCUGAGGAUGAACAAGAAGAUGGCAAAGACUGUGGGGCACAUCUUCAAGAUGGGGUCCCAGGACGCGAGCAAGGAGGAGGAGAUUCGAAAGUACAGUCUGAUUUAUGGGCGCUUUGACUCGAAGAGGAGGGAAGGGAAGCAGCUGACACAUCACGAGCUGAUCAUCAACGAGGCCGCGGCCCAGUUCUGCAUGCGCGACAACGCCCUUCUGCUGAGACGGGUGGAGCUCUUCUCGUUGGCCCGGCAGGUGGCGAGAAAAUGUGCCUACACCUCCACGCUGAAGCACACGAGAACAAAUGUGGACGAAAGCGGCGCGUUGCCCCAAAAGAGAGCGAGGCACGAGGUAACGGCGCCCGAGACGGCGGCGGAGGGGUCGGAGGGCGCGACCCAGAGGGCAGACGACGACAGCCUAUCAGCGGAAAGCCUGGACAGCGUAUCGCACGACAUGGGCUCACAGUGCAACCAGUCUCCCUCCCCCCGUCCUCACGCCGACACCUCCAACCCCGCCAACUGGAGCCGCCAUCUGAUACAGCAAACGCUAAUGGACGAAGGGCUGCGAUUGGCUCGGAUGGUGUCACAUGAUCGGGCUGGCAAGCUCAGCCUAGGGUCAGAGGGCGCUCACCCCACAGAUCCCGACAGUAAGGUGGACAGGCGGAGCUCGGUCGCAGCGUGCAGGAGCAGUAGCCCUUGCAUCACCAGAGACGACUGCAACCCUCGGGCAAAGUGAGCGUCGUCGCAGGUUGUCAGUGAAGCAGAAGGUGCCGCUGGGCCGGUCUUUUUUUUUUUUUUUUUUCCACGCAUACUUCGCCGACAUCACAAGCAGCAACCUGUUGUUUUGUCCUUGACCCCUCGAGCAGUGAGAAAAUAAGUGACGCUGCUUUCACAUGCAACUGGAGCAACACAGCAGGGGGCACUGCAACUUUGUAAAUGAACUCAUUUACUUAUUCCAGAUGGACUCAGUGCAGUUGUGUAGAGGAUGAUUGUUUUUUUUCCAGCGAGCUCGCUCUGCGUCGCCCUCAGGAACAAAUAUGUUGUGUUCAUGUUGUGUUCUCAGACGGGGUCAGACAUGGAUGAAAGUGUGAAAGCACAAUAAUGGCUUGUUAAUGUUAAUGCUGAUUUUCCAGAGGAGGCACAAGCAGCUGAGUUUAGGUUCAGAGGUGUUUAGCGCUUCGCUGCAUUGUGCGUUCGCCUAAACAGGCUCAGAUCCAGCACCGAAACCCUCAAAACGUGACCCCCUCCCAUUUUAAACACACGGCCCAUGACUUGUUCGUCAUCAGCUGUGCAGGAUCAGAACUCUGCAACUAUUCAGUUGCCUCAGGUGUCUGUGUGGGGCUUCAACAGGCCACCCAACAUUACACAGCAAGAUUCAUAGCAAUGAAAAUAUUUGCCACCACGGUUGCAGAGAAGGCGGUGACGCUCUCGCGCUGCUCUGACAUGUAAUAAGUUGUCCCGACUAAUCCCUGCGGCGCUUGACUUUCAGAAACAGCAGCGCCUGUAGGUUAUUCCAGAUGUUUGGUCUUUGUGAGGAAUAGUUGUGUUCACACUCCGUGUGCUGACAGACUUACUGUCUGUUGAUAGUUUAAAGACUUGAACCGUGAGGUACAGUAGCUUGCUGUGCAUCAGUAACACUUGCCUGUGUCUUGAGCAUCGGUAACCUCCUCAGUUUAUGUUGCAAAUAAGAUAAUUUAUUUUGUUACAUCUUAAUAAAUGUUAUUUUAUUGCUUAAA